CGUCUGGAUUUCUGAUGUCAAAUAAAAAUAUUUGAUAUUUACAUUAUUUACAGUCUACAAUAAAUAAGAAAAAUAAUAAUUUAAAUUGUAUAAUUAUGCCUACAAUGGAUGGCAGUGAAAAGUAGCAAUUAAUUUUUAUACCUAUAUGCUUAGAAAAAUUAUAUUUAUUGAUAGUGGUUAAAGUUUUCGGCUAUGUCUUUUAUCACGAAAAGGGAACGAGUAUUCAAUGAAUACGACCUAUUUGACUUACCGGCUAGGAAUGAGGGUAAACUAAAAACGUACGCAUCAUGUACGGACGCAAGAGCUUGGUCCCAUUUCUGUUCAGAUAAAACUGAACAUUUGGUUGAAAUUAUAAAGCGAAAUAAUGAAACUGUCCGUCCGAAAUACGUACCGACCGACGUCAUCGUCAACACUCUGAUGACGGUGAAGAAUGCGGAAAUAGCAAGAUUGAGGCGUAAGAUUGACGAAUUUGAACAAAUGAUAGCAGCUUACGAUCAAUUGGAACUAACUUGUGAACAAAAAUGUGAAAUAGCAAGUGCUCACGCCGCAAUAAAAGCGGCCAACAAAGAGUUAGAUGAUAUGUGUUUGGACUUGGAUCUUUCUGGAUACACCGAGGGCGUUGAUUCUGAGGCUUAUGAGACAGGAAAAUCACGAGGCGAUGAGUCCACAAAAUACUCCCAAGAGGUUGAGAAAUUUAAGGAGAAAGACAUAGAAAAAGAGAAAGAGACUGCAAAAUCUGGAGGCGAUGAGUGGAUUGUGGAAAAAGAACCGAUGUCUAAGAUGGAAGCUAAAUGUAACCAGAUAGGAUCUCCGCCUUGCGUAUGUGAUGCGAGCACUUCUGCUUAUGACAGCAGAAUAGAUGAAAUGAAAGAACUGAUUAUAAACAAAGACGCGAAAUUAAGUGCUAUGCAGAAUACUAUAGCGGUAAUGGAGAACGACGUAUGUGAACCUUAUUGUAUAUACGCUCACAUAUAUACGGCUCUUGAAAAGAUAUUUGGCAUUUUAUGUCAAAACAAGAAAUACAAACAAUAUUUAGAUUUAUUGACUGCUGGAAAAGACACGAGAUGUAUAGAUAUAACAGGCAAAAUUUUAUUUAAAAUGAAAGUAUUAGAGAAAUUUAGCCUCGCUCUGAUAGCUCCUUGCACACAGGAACGUUCAACACACGAGGAUUGUUCGUGUUAUAGAGCCGAAAUUCUAACACAUGUAGAAACAACAUUUGCUUUAACAUCUAUGGAAAAUAAUAAACCCAAUAUAGAUAUUGAUAGUAAAAGAGCCCAACUAGUUGCAGACAUCAUGCAACAUCAGGAAAUGCAAGAAAUUUUAAGCAAAGAAGAUAUAACGUCAAGAAAUGAAGAUGAGCAAUUGGACGAUCCUUAUAAUAUUGACAAUUAUAAUAUAGACGCUGAAAAUAUCAAUCGAUUAAAGAAUUUACAAGCAAACUAUGAUGACUUGUUAAAUUGCUACGAGACUUUGAAGCAUGAACGAGAUAACAUAUUUAUUCAGUGCCAAAAAUAUGUAAAUUUAGAGCAAGAAUGUCAAUGUUUGCAAAAUCAACUUCAAGAGUAUAACCAGAUGUGGAAAGAAAAAGAAAUUUUCAAGAAACGUUCAGAAGAUCUGGAUAAGUUAAAAGAAAAUUAUUAUAUCCUCACUGAGGAAACAUUAAACUUAGAAACAAAAUUAAAAGCUGAGCAAGAAAUCAAUAAGAUAAAAUGUGAGGCUAUAGAUGAACUCAGAAAUGAGAAUGUUAGGUUAGAGAAAAAAAUUACGGAAGCCUCUUUAAUGUUUGAAAAACAAAAAAAUAACUUAGUGUGCAAAGUCAAAGAAUACGAGUGCAAAAUAAUGUGUCAGGAACAGCAAAUAAGAAGUUUAUCACAACAAAUAGAUAACUUUUUAGAGCAAGAAAUUAAUAAAACACCAACAUCUGAAGAAGCAUCACGUUCCAUAGAGCUUCUUGACAAUAUCGAAGCUCAAAAGGAACAAAUUAAAAACCUCAAAGACGCGAUAUGCUGCAAUGAAGAAGAAAAACAAUACCUUCAGGAAGAGUACCAAAAGAAACUUGAACUUAUCAAUGAACUCAAGUUUGAUGUAGAGGAUUUGAAAGGUAAAUAUGAAACAGCUGUGCAAAGAAAUCAUUAUUUAGAAGAAUAUUUAGAGGAAUUUCAAGAUCAAAUCAGUAAAUUGGAAGAUAAAAAUACUCAACUCAAUCAUGACAUAGAUAUAAAAUCAAAGGCAAUAGAAAAUUUGAAUACAAUUUUAUCCUCUAAAUCUCAAGAAGUAAAUAAUUUGAUGAAUGAAGUUGAUCAUAAACGUAGCGAAAAUAAAGAACUGUUCAAUAAAAUAAUAGAUAUGGAAAGAAACUUUAGUAACAGUUUAACAUCACUUAAAAAUGAACAAAGAGUUGCAUUAAGUUCUAUUCGUUUAGCGAAACAAGAAAGUUUGGAGAUUUUAAAAAGUAUACAAUUUGAUGACUUACAAAAACAACCGAGCAAUACUCAAAAUAAUAUCAAUGAAGUUAAUAGUAAAUUAGAUGUACCGACUGUUACAAAAGACUUCUUAGACACGGAGAGUAUUAAUGAAAAUUUAUUAAAAGAAGUUGAGGGAUUACGAGACAUUCAUUUUGAGAGUAUACAAAGCUUACAAGACGAAAAUAGAAAUAUGAAAAGAUCUUUGGAUGUAGCAAGUAAAAGCAGCAUAGUUUUAGAAUCUAAACUUAAAGACUUUGAAGAAAUUAAGUGUAAGUUACACAAAUUACAAGAGGAUAACAAUAGGCUAAUUGAUGAAAACGAAGAUCUAAAACGAGCUUUAGACUUAAAAAAUGACGAAAUUAAUGGUAUGUUACAUGUUGUUGAGCUUACUAAGAAGAAUAGUGACAUCUUAAUAGAUCAGUUACAUCAAUCUGAAAAUAUACAAGACGAAUUUACUAAAUUAAAUAAAGCUUACCAAAAUUUAAUUGGUACAAAAAAUAUCUUGGAAGAAAAAGUUUUGCUAAAGGAUCAUAAGAUUCAAGAACUUCUUAAAAAUGUAAGCAAUCUAGAAGAAGAAAAUAAUCGUAAAAAUUUGGAUCUUAUAAAAAUUAAAUCUAUUGAAAAAGAAUUAAUUGAUUUGCAUGACAAAUAUUCAGAAUUAUCCGAGGAAAAGCAAAAAUUGUUGGAAGACUUCAACAAUAAAACUUCUGAAAUGAAUAGUCUCUAUAAUAACUUGGAAAAAGUUAUAGAAGAAAAUCAAAUUCUAAAUAAUAAUAUGAAAACAUUGCAGUUCAGAGAAACAUCAGCAAAAAGUAAUCUCUCUGCCCUACAGAAUGAAAAUGAAACUAUAAAUAAUAAUUUCCAAGCUUUAAAAAAAGAAAGUGCAGCUUUAAUGGAAAAGAUUAAAUUUUAUGAGCCUUUAGAAACUGAAUUAAAUGAAUUAAAAAGAGCAUACCAACAAACUAUUAUAGAAAAAGAAAAAUUGCAGCAGGAUUUGAAUGAACAACUAAGCGAUUUACAUAAAUUAGAACAAGAUAAUAACCAAAAAGAAGAAAUACUUGAGAGUGUUUUAAUACAAGCUCGAGAUAAGAAAGACAAUUAUGAUGAAGUUAAAAAAGAAAUAGCUUUGUUGAAAGAAGAAAAGCAUUCUCAAUACAAAAGAAUAGAAGAUUUACUAAAUAAACUCGAAGAAUCGGACUAUUUAAUAAACAACUUAAAUGAAGACAUUAUUGCAAGAGAUAAAAAAAUUACAACACUCGAAAAUCAUAUUAAUGAACUAGAAGACGAAAUAAGGAAGUUGCAUAAAGAUUUAGAAGAAGUCGUAGAAACAGGAGAAGAAAUAAAACAUUUGAGUUACGAAAACCUGGAUCAGUGUCUUAAAACUGUGGAAGCUCAUCAAUCGAAGGCGACACAUAAUAUUAAAUUAGAGUUAACGAAAUUACAAGAUGAAAAAGCAUAUCUCGAAAGUCAACUUUCAAAUACAAAACUAGAGUCUGAACAAUCCAUUCAAGAUAAAUACAAACUUAUUGCUCAAAUUGAACAUCUCCAAAAUGAAAGACUCAUUUUGGUAUCAGAAAUAAAGCAAUUAGAACUUAAAAGUACUGGGGACAGUACUUUAAACCCCUCGAGCAAAAUAAAUGAUAUAGUGACAUCUCUUGAUCGCAUUAGCAAAUCAAUAAAUAAUAAAAACACUUCUUUGGAGAAAACUCUAUUAAAUGUGCAAGCAUCUUACCAGCUACUUAAAACAAAAGCUAAUGAAGCUAAAAUAUUAGCUGAAAAGGAAAGACAAAAAAUUCUAGAGGAAAAGGAAGAAGCCAAAGCCGCUAGAACACGCCUUGAACAACAGGUAGAAUAUUUUGAAAAUAAAUUGAAAGAAGAGGAAAAUAAUCGUGAAAAUAUAAUUCAAGACUUAGAAAGAGAAAUGUUAAAUCAAACUUUAAUAUCUGACAAAAUAAAACAGUCAAAAGAAGAUGAAAUCCUUAAAUUAAAAAAUGAGAUUUCGAUUCUACAAAAGAAAAUAAAAGAAAGCAAUGAAAACAAUCAGAACGAAAAAAUAAAAUACGCUGACAUCAUAAACGGCUUAGAAUUAACUAUUCAAGAAAAGGUAGAUAAAUGCCACCUUCUUGAGGAUAAUCUCAAGAGGUUUAAUAAUAAACAAAUGAGUGAUUUCGGCAAUCAAACAAAUUUGUUUGAUAGAAAAAUGAAUUUGGAAGAAAAAUCAACACAAACGAAUUUUAAUAACUCAAAAGCAACCCAAAAUGACAUCGGUUUCUCAUUUCAUGGCAAUAAAGCACAUAAAUAUACAAUGUAUAAAUUACCGGAACCCCCCGUCAAUUUAAACGAUAGGUCUGACAAUAAUAAUAUAAAGUCAGAUUCGAUCUCUCCCCCAAGACAUCUAAAUGAAGUUCAAAUAUUAUCAGCGGCGGUUGAACCAAAUAUAAAUGUUGUAAAAGACAUAUAUAUUAAUUUUAAAAUAAAAAGACUAAGUACCAGCAAGGUAGAGCAAUGUUCGAUCAACUUAUUAAAAGAAAAUAAAACUCAAAUUGAAAAUCAAGAAACUAUAAGUUUAAGCAAUGAGCUUUUAAGGCAUUACGCUCCCGAGAUAACUCCUGGUUAUGCGCCACUAAUUCCACAAAAUAACAACAUUCUUAGUAUUUAUAAUACAACACUUAAAGCACCAAGUCCAAUUGAAACAAAAUCGAACAAAAGAACAUUUUGGGAUUCUAAAUCGCUUGCCGGUACGAAUGAAAACAUUAAUAUCGAUGACAUUGAUGAAAGUAUCAAUAAGGAUAACGAAGUUAGACACAGUAGUCCAGUAAUUGACUCUCAAACAGAUAAAGAUUUCUUCGUUAUUUACACAGAUACAGAAAGCAUUUAUGACUAUCGAAGUGGAAAUAAAAAUGAAUCGCCACAAUCCCCUAAUUUACCAUUUGACAAUGAAACUGCUACUUCAAUUGAACCCCUCAGCCUAGCAUUAGCUGAAAGGAAAGAUAUUAGACGCAAAAAUAAUCUAAUUCCAAAAUAUGAAUACGAAGACAGAGAUGACGACAGCAUAAAACCAAGAUUACAUAUAAAAAUGCCAAGAGUAACAGGCGGCAGCCCUUCAACGAUAACAUCCAUAGCUGACAAAAGAUCACUAGAUUCAUAUACCAAAGGUAUAUAUUUGUCACCUACCCGAGCAGUAUACUCGGACACAAAUAUUAGUAGUAGCAACAGUAACAACAUAGACCAAAACUUAUUGACUGUAAAAAGUCGAUUGAAAGAUGUCAUUCUAAAUAAAACUUCUACGAGCCCUAUUUUAAACAGACAAGGUGAAAAGCAAAUAAAUUAUAAGAACAAAACAGACCGAAAUACCAGGCAACGGUAUGAAAAGAAAGCCGAAUUAUCAGAGGAAUCACAUCAUAAUUUAAUUCGAAAUAAUGGCGAAGUUUUAAGCAAGACUUUAAAUAACCAUUUACAUAGUCAUGGUAAUGAUUUUAAUGUUGAAAGUAAUAAAGGUUUACAAUAUAUUUUAAACGCAGUGCAGAACGAAUAUCAGUCUAAUAAUUUAGAACAAUACAACAAUAUUAGAGCAUUACCUAAGAGUUACAGUGACCAACAAAUUUACAAUAGUAACUGUGUUAGUCCGGCUAAACAGUUAAGUUCAAACCUGUCAUCUAUUGAGUAUAGAACAAUGUCAACUUUUAGUCCAAAGCUUUUUAAAUCGGUAAGAGAUUAUGGUACAUUGGCAAAGCUAAGUACAGUAGAGGACUAUGAAAAUAAAAUUCAACAACUUACAAAUACCUUAGAAAAUAUAGAAAAAGAUUACAAAAAGAAAAUAGAUGCUGUUAAAAUGCAAUAUGAUUGUAAUGUUAAAAGUAUUAUAAAUGAGCACAAUCAAGGAGUUGCAAGCAUUCAAAGUUUACACGAGGAAACGUUACACGAUAUUGUAAAAAUUCAUGAGAAUGAAAUUGAAAAUUUAAGAUCCAUGAGUAUAGAAGCAAUGCGUAAAGCGGAGAAGCUGGAAAAAGAAAACCAAUCUCUUAAAAUGAAACUAAAGCUUCAAUAUCCAGAAAAAGUAGAUGAGGAACCAAAAAUGUUAAGUCACGAAGGUAAAAGAAAGAAAAACAAAGGACGUAUAGAGGAGAGAUUGUUAACGAAAACUGAUAUAGAGGCAUAUAAUGUUAGACCAAAACGUCGGUCCCAUGGACCCUGCACUUGUUCUCUUGAUAUGAAUAUAUCGGAUACAAUACGCAACAUUUUCGAGCAAGUCGAUGUUGAACAAAGAAAGAAUGCGGAGCAAACAUAUUUAAGGUACAUCGCUAAUAAGAUCUUGGGGGCCAAUGUUGAGUCUCUGGAUGCGCAAGAAUUAUCAUUUCUUCAUCUAAAGGUUUGUAACACAUGGAAAAUGAAGUUAAAUAAAGAAGAAGCUCUUCAAAAAAAGUUUGACUUCCUAGAAAACGAAUUGAUAAACAAACAACGAAAAACAGAAAAGCAUAUGGCUGAACUUGAUCGUAAAGUGGCUGAAGAGUAUAGACGGUUACAAGAGGUAAGGGAAGCCGUGUGCAAGACUCCUCCUGAAACGCAUGAUGACAGUCCAAUGGAGGAGGCAACUCAACGGCCCUGUACUACCAGAAAAGAAAUGUGUAAUUGCAAUUCGGUUAGUUGCAAUAUUACCUUGGGAACGAGAUGUUCUGCAGGGGACUUACAACCGCAAAUGUCAAAACCAGGUUUAAAACUAAAACGUACGAAAAUGGAGAGCAAUAGAGCUGUGCUUGCUAAGUUGGACGCCGAUGAGGACAGAGACAAAAAACUGUUAAAUGACGAAACACCUACUAGACUGAAGCGCUCUCACGAUCGUCAACAUUUUCGAAUUUACAGAAAAAGAGAAAGAUAUAACAUAUAACAAGAGUAAAUUAAAAGAUAAUAUUAAUGUAAAAAUAUUAAUAUGAUAAAAAAUAUACCGUUUACAAGAACCGGCGUCAAUGUGGCUGUUGUGAAAUUACAAAUGAUUUUUGAUUUAUUUUACAAGUGUUUUAUAAAUUAUUUAUAUGUAUUUAUUUAUGUGUAUGGUGAGAAAUUUACAAUGGUAUAAAAUAUCUAAAAUUUAA